AUGCUUAUUAAAAUUAUUAAAUUAUUUGGUGUAUUAACACCAUUAGAACUUCGUUUAGGCAAAAAAUUAAUAGAACUAUUGACAAAUUUAAUUCAUAUUCUUAUAUCAAUUUCAUCAGAUUUACCAAAGAAUAAUGCUUCAAUUCAACUAUGUGUACAAAAACUUCGAAUACUUAUCGAAGAUUCAGAUCAAAAUUUAAAAUAUAUUGGUUUACUUGCUAUGUCGACAAUCUUACAUACGCAUCCAAAAAGUAUUCAAUCACAUAGUGAUUUAAUAAUGCGUUGUCUUGAUCUUCUUUCUCGAAUGGUAACAAGAAAAGCUCUAAUAAAUAUCGUACAUAAAUUAAUGAUUCAUAUGGAUAAAUCUGAAGGAUCACGUUAUCGAGAUGAAUUACUUUCAAAAAUAAUUGAAAUAUGUAGUCAAAAUGAUUAUCAACAUAUAACUAAUUUUGAAUGGUUUAAAUUUAUUUUUUUAAUUUUUAUUAAUAAAAAAACAUUAUUUAUCACUAUAGAUAUAUUAGCAAUUCUUCUCGAAAAUGCUUAUGUUUUUAUUAAUGAUUCAAAUUCUACAACUGUUGCCGAAGUUCUAUAUGCUGCUGCAUGGAUUUGUAGUGAAUUUUGUUCCUCAACGUUUUUGGAUUUGAAUGGUUGGAUAAAUGAUCCUCAAUCAGACAGUGAAGAUGAAUCGAUAACAACAAGUUCAUAUUAUGAUAAUAAAGGUUUAUUUUAUGAUGAUAAUGGAGAAAAUUCUAAUUCUAAUUCAUACUCUGGCGAUACAUUAAGUUAUCAAAAAUCGAAAAAAUAUAUUGAACCAACUGCUGAAGAAUUAGAAAAACAACGAGAAAAAAAAUCGAAAACUGAUGCAAAAGUAAUUCAUGAUAAUGAUGAUGAUAUUUAUCCAACUGUUAAAGUAACACAUGGUGAUGAAUUAGCAGCAAAUGCUACAGAAAGUGAAAAUAAAGAUAAUGAUAAUGAUGUACGUGUUGAAAAAAAUAAAAAAUAUGGUCCAUAUUGA